GGCUCACCUCGCCUCCGUCGUCGCAUGGGAGGUUGUUAGAAAAGCUUUGGAGAAAUUCAGCCAUUCAACAGCAGUGCAGUAGUGGUGGCAAGGCCGUGCGUCUUCGUUGUCUAUCAUUUCUUUUUUCAAUAAUAAAUAUAAUUUACGAUCAGGUGCGAGUCAGUGGGGGAAGGGAUAUCAACAGUAGCAGAGUUCGUUACAAUCGAAAUACAUAUAGUGCGAGCGAAUCACUGAGCAUAAAAUCCACUGUUUUGGUUAGAUCUAUCUAUCGUCAAUAACUAGCCAUUCUGCUGUCGUUCAUCGGAAUGUAAUUGUAGCUAGUGGUAGUGCCGCAGUUGUUCAGCAUAGAAGGAAGAUAUCUGCCCUCAGAACUGGUGGCAGUAAAUUUUACAUCGCGACCUGCCGUAGGGCGACUGUGUGGUUCGUGUCGUGUGGAAGCUAUCUAACUCGCGAAAGGAUUCUCGUACAUAAACACACCGCCAGGGCGUAUUUCUUCCACCAACCAACGUCGCUUUCUCCGUUUCAUCAAAGCCUGUCAAAUUUCGGUUACAUUCGACGGGGAAUAAAACAAGAAUAUGUCUACGAGCCGUUACUUAAACUGGUCGCGACCGUCACCCGGUAGGCAUCAUCCGCUCCGAAAGCAGGUUUCCUGCUUCGAGUCUUUCUCCUACGGCGGUGGGAGAAGUCUGUCGGUAAAUAAUCUCGCCACCUCAGAGUCUACGGACAAGAGCGUCGAUUUUGCCACUUUCGUAACGGCUGCCAUUAUUCACAAAAAUCGUUUUCAAAAUUUCCACACUUACCAUCAGGCACACAGUCGCGGACCCGUGAUCAUAUCGGCUGUAUCGGGUGGCACCGACGGAAGUGGCACAUCAACGACACUCGGUUCCGACGGACCUCCGAGGGCAACACCGCGUCGGCGGCCUGCCAGUGCUCACACAUCAUCUUCGUUGUCAACAUCUCGAUCGAGGGCAUCCGUCCUAUCCGGGCCUUCGACGAUGGCAAGGAAAGUCAGUGCCCACGAGGGUCGAAAGGUGCUGACCAAGCAGCUUUCGCUGGACCAUCCAAACGUGGCCAGUGGACCACCUGCGGGCCAUGCAUGGGCUACGCCCGCCAGUCGGACGGCAUCUGUCUGUGGAUCCGGUCCGGUUGCAGUGGAGGAUCAAUACCACGGGCCAGCGAAGACAUGUGCGAGUUCCGGCAUCAAGAAACGACCGACUGGAUUAAGCGUGAAAAAUGACGCUGAACCGAUCGAAAGUAUCAAAAAAGCCCUAAAGCAGGGCAAGGACUCGCGCAUCAACAUCAAGAUCUUCCUCGGCCAAUCCGUUCAGCAGGAUUCAUCCGAUACCGGCCACAGUGACACGGAAAGUUCCCCAAACCAAUCGCAGCAACACCAUCGAAGCCAGAAUCAGCAAACCCAUCAACAACAACAACAACAGCAGCAGCAAAGCAAUCAGAAGGCGGAAGCGGAAAACUCGCAACCUGAACUCGAAAGCAAACCAAAACAACCACAGCCAUCUUCUUCAACCAUCUCCUCUGGUGGCGGUCGUAGCUCCUCGCUAGCCCAACGUCGAGCUCAGUUUCACGCCAGCCGUCAACAUUCCGAAGCCGCUGAGCGACGCCCGCCCCUGGUGCGGGCUAUGUCAGCCCCGAUCCGACCCAUAGACACCGAUUCAAAGUUCCUACAAAGUAAGAAGAAAUCACGGAAGAAGAAGAUUUUGCGUGAACGAGACGAGAUCAACGAGUGCGAUGAGGACGACUUCGACGAGGAAACCCUCAAGCUCAACGCAGCUAACAGCAAGAAUACGCUCGCUGUUGCCGGUCAACGAUCACGUUCGGUGCUAGGCGGAGCGUGCGAUAUCGAAACGCUCGUUUCGUUACUCAGUUCCGGCGGAAGCGAUUCCGAAAAGGAGGAUACCGUGCCCACGGAGAGCGUGGAUCUCAACAACUCCUCGACAAUAAACUACAACUCGGUGCUGAAGUUACGUGCACCAAUGCUCAAAAAGGCCGGCAAGUCGGUUUCUUUCCAGGAGACCGAACUGAAGCAAUCCGCUGGACUCAACCGGGACUAUUAUCAACCGGGUCAUCGAAAGCCACCGUCACUGCAACCAUUUGCCAAUCGUAUCAGGAGAAGCCAACAACUGGCCAACACGUUGAAUGCAUUUCAAAAGAAGAAAAAUUUAACCGAAAAUAACAAAUCGGACGACGAAAAGGAUGCCCACAGCGAUGAUGAGUCCAAAGAAGUAACCGUCCCCACGAACCGUUCUAACCAAGCAUCGCAUGUGACGAAAACGAAUUCCACAGCCUCUGGGGCUCCCGGUGACGGUAACGGCGGUGAUGGCGAUUCUGGAAACCAGGAUCUGGUAGAUGGCCAAACGCCGAAGGAACGUGAAUGCUAUCGCCUCUUCAAGAAAAUGUCCAAUAUGGGCCUUUCCGUUUCGUACGAUACGAUCCUACGGGGAAUGUUGACACCGACCGAGCUCAGAGUGCUGCAGAAACAGAAAUCCAAAUUACAGAAGCAGCAGGAGUCGCGUCAGAACAGUAGCGAAACGGAGACCAACGACAGUAGUGACAAUAGUAAGAGCGAUGGCCCACCUGGAAUGGGUGGUUUCGUUGGUGAUAAUAGAGCGGAGUUGGGGGUGGUUGCUGAUGGGCCUCCACCAGUUUUGGUUCUGGAACAAACGGUAGCCGUGGAAUAGAUUGGCUGCAGUAGUCAAAGCAACAACAGAUCCCGCCUCGGGAUCGCCAUGAUAGAUUCAAUGUAGAUUCAAGCAAGGAUAUUUGGUUUGGUCAACAAACUGUGAUAGCAGAACAAAAGAAAACUGGAUACUCGUUUGGGUACAAAAACAUUGGUAACGAAGUUACGAUGCACCUAUUAUUGAAGCGCACAUCAGAACGAACAGAGUUUAAAGCAUGUUGGUAACAGAAACAGAGAUUUGUUUGAUUUUUCUAUAUGUAACAGAGGAAAGAGUCAGUAUCAAUUCGUUAACCAAACCCUCAAUAAACCAAUGAAGGCACAGUUGAAACUCACAUUGUUAGGCAUACUUUGCUUUAGGAGGCAAUAGAAGGCACUACGAAUAAAGAUAAUGCAUGACCCAAUAGAGUGAA